CCGAAAUUCUUCGGCCCUGCAACUGGGGACGGCGGCAGCAUAUGUAGGUACCUAGCCGUCCCGCCCGCCAGAAGCAACAGAACCCAACGGAGGGGUGAGCGUAUAAGGCAACACCGGCUGCUGGAGCUGGUCUGCAUAGCUUCGGACCAUGCACCAUCCAACACGACUAAGAUGAGCUCGCGCCGCAUAGCGUGCCAGCUCUGCCGAGACCGCAAGGUCCGCUGUCCGGGCGAACAGCCGGCUUGCGGGAGAUGCCGUCGGGCAGGGGAGCAGUGCGUCUAUCUCUCCGCGCAGCAGAGGCCAACCAAGGCUGAUCUGAGCGAGACGGUGGAGGCGUUGCAAAAGCGCUUGAACGAGACCGAGUCCCUGAUUCUCAAAAUGAGCGGGCGCUCCGGCAACUCUGUUACGAUGCCGGAUUCCUUCGUCUUUGACUGGCCUAGCAAUCCCGACUUCUCAGCUCCGGCGCCGGCGCCGGCACCGUCGAGUCUCAUGGAGGUCUCCAACACGCUGCCGGUCGCUGUUAACUCCCUCUGCAGUCCUCUCGGCAACUCCUUUGAGCUGCAUUCGUCCCAAGCAACGGCCAGUCCAAACGGAACGGCAGGGGGAAACUACGGCCAGUGCGAUAGUGGUGAGCAGAUAGAGAUGGAUUUUGAAAGAUCACCGGCCGAGCUAUGCCUCCAACCCGGGCUCCCUCUCAACAACAUCCACCAAGACGGCCACGUGCAGCAACAACUGAGAACUACCCAACUAGCCCCCGAUACUAACCACAGAUCGACGCCGUCCACGUACGGCGACAGUGACACGACCGUGGGCGGCACAGCAACGGGACAACCACCCCCCGCCGAGUCCAGCACGGCCCUUUUCGACGCCCUCAGGGCAUACUGUUCGUCCGUCAUCCGCCGCGAAUGCGAUGUAGCGGGCCUCGCCAGCGCCGUGGCCGAGUACAUGGCCUGGAUGCGCAAGGUGCCCUCGGCGGGCGCGCCGCCGGUCACGAACCGGGACUACCAGCAGAUGCUGGGCAACAUCGAGGGCCGCGUGCGCGAGCUGGUGGACGUUGCUCGGAAGGGUCACGACGGGCCGCUUCACGAUCUACUGGGCGCGGUCGGGAGAGCUUCUGGCGGGGGCGCGGUGGCCGCGGCGCGGGUGGCGGAGCUGGAGGCGGAGCUGCAGAGACUGAGGCAGGAGCAGACGCGGUUCUUUGAGAGGGACUAUGAUGCGUGUAAGCUGCUCUCGGAGCAGACGGAGAAGCGCCCGUGAUGGACUGGGCGGCAGGAGUUGACAGAGCUACUGCGCAGGAUGGAGACAAUGAAGCUAUCACGAAGUGCCUGAUACACAGAGAUGGUGAUCAAUG